GACAUUUUGUUGUUUUAGCAGAGGGAAACGGGCGCGCAGGGUAGAUGACAUUGUGAAAUCCCGGGAGCCUAAACGCAAAUGGAGUAGCUAGAAACGCAUUCUCAACAAACUAUUUCCGCCUUAAAACGUGCAGAAUUUCAAGAAUUUUGCACCUCGCUCACAACGAACUAGUUAGCUAGAGGCAACAGCUUUUUCUUAAACUAGUUAGCGAACUUACUUUAGUUGCUGCCACCUUUGACCAAGAAAAAGGAGAAGUCACAACUUGCACUUUGAGGGUUGUUCUGCAGGAAUGUCGCAGAAAGAAAGACCUACGUUUUAUCGGCAGGAGGUGACCAAGACGAUUUGGGAGGUACCAGAACGCUACCAGACCCUGUCUCCAGUCGGUUCCGGGGCCUACGGAUCAGUUUGCUCGUCGUACGAUCAGAAGACGGGUAUGAAGAUCGCUGUGAAGAAGCUCUCCCGGCCUUUCCAGUCCUUUAUCCACGCCAAGAGAACCUACAGAGAGCUACGGCUGCUCAAGCACAUGAAGCAUGAGAAUGUGAUCGGCCUUCUAGAUGUUUUCACACCUGCUACUAGUCUGGAGGAGUUCAAUGAUGUGUACCUGGUGACCCACCUGAUGGGGGCAGACCUCAACAACAUAAUCAAGUGUCAGAAGCUGACAGACGACCAUGUGCAGUUCCUCAUAUACCAGAUCCUCCGGGGGUUAAAGUAUAUCCACUCAGCAGAUAUCAUUCACAGAGACCUGAAACCCAGCAACCUGGCUGUGAAUGAGGACUGUGAGCUGAAGAUUCUUGACUUUGGGCUGGCGCGGCACACAGACGACGAGAUGACUGGUUACGUUGCCACUCGCUGGUACAGGGCCCCAGAGAUCAUGCUAAACUGGAUGCAUUACAACAUGACAGUGGACAUUUGGUCUGUGGGAUGUAUCAUGGCUGAACUCCUCACUGGCAGAACUCUGUUUCCCGGUACUGACCACAUUGAUCAGUUGAAGCUAAUAAUGAUGCUCGUUGGGACGCCAGAGCCUGAGCUCUUGAUGAAAAUCUCCUCUUCGUCUGCAAGGAACUACAUCAAAUCCUUGCCUCAGAUGCCCAAGAGGAAUUUUUCUGACGUGUUCAUUGGAGCCAACCCACAAGCUGUGGACCUGCUGGAGAAGAUGUUGGUUCUGGACACAGAUAAGAGGAUCACGGCUGCCGAGGCACUGGCCCACCCCUACUUCUCCCAGUACCACGACCCAGACGACGAGCCUGAGGCUGACCCCUACGACCAGAGCUUUGAGAGCCGCGAUCUGGACAUCGAAGAAUGGAAACGGCUGACCUUUGAGGCGGUAUGUGAUUUUGAGCCACCCAUCUUCGAUGAAAACGACAUGGAAUAGUGAUUGGGCGAUGUGAUUUCUACAAGCCCCUCUCCCGUCAACACCAAACAUCUCUAUCACUGAGGUUCCCUCUUAUCAGACGACCUUUUGGAAUAAUAUUAUCAUCUGAGUGCCUGCAAAUGUUUGUCUAUUGUUAUAUUUCUUAAGCUCGCGCUCUCUCUCCCACCAUUUUGACUCCGUAAGGUGUUGCAAGGGAAACGUUACAAAAAAUAGCCUGGUCCCAGAUUCGUUGGUGCUGUGGCAUGACAAUGGCCAUGGGAGUUGGCUGUACAACCCAAACAGAUAUGGGACCAGGCUAGAACUACAAUGGAGGAGAGGAGAGCGACAUUUUAAGGGCUGUUAAAUCGGUGUUAACAAAUACUGAUUGUAUGUGUCUACUACCGUGUAUUUUCAAGGGAGAAACGGAGGCAAGCAGAAAACAACCACUAAUACCAUUAUUGGUCCAUUUCUGAAAAAUGUCAUGCUUCUUUUAUUAUUCUGUCUAUAUUUGUGUCCCAAAUGGCACCCUAUUCCCUAUUUAGUGCUCUGCUUUUGACCAGGGCACUAUAUAGGGAAUAGGAUGCUAUUUGGAAUAAAAUCUAUAUUUAAACUAGUUUUGUAUUCCUCCUUCAGAAGUUUUAUUAUUAUGAAAGUAUUGCUCACCACUGUAUUCUCUUGCUCACCACUGUAUUCUCUUGCUCACCACUGUAUUCUCUUGCUCACCACUGUAUUCUCUUGCUCACCACUGUAUUCUCUUGCUCACCACUGUAUUCUAUUGCUCACCACUGUAUUAUCUUGCUCACCACUGUAUUCUAUUGCUCACCACUGUAUUCUCUUGCUCACCACUGUAUUCUCUUGCUCACCACUGUAUUCUCUUGCUCACCACUGUAUUCUCUUGCUCACCACUGUAUUCUCUUGCUCACCACUGUAUUCUCUUGCUCACCACUGUAUUCUCUUGCUCACCACUGUAUUCUAUUGCUCACCACUGUAUUCUAUUGCUCACCACUGUAUUCUAUUGCUCACCACUGUAUUCUAUUGCUCACCACUGUAUUCUAUUGCUCACCACUGUGAUAUCCGAAAGAAAUUAGAUGCUGAAUUGAAACAUCCGGAAAAUGUGUUCUGAUUGAAUCAUUUCAUGAUGUGUAUCAUCUGAAAUGUGCAAUAAUGCUUGUCUGUCACUCGCGCUCUGCCAAUCUACCAAUCACAGCGUUCGUGUCAGACUCCCCUGGCUUUGUUUUCCUGUCAGUCACAGCACUGGUGUCAAAACUCCCAGGCGCUUCAGAAACCGUUGAUGAUCUUCUUUAAUGGAUCUGGUAUAUGAUAUAGGAUGUGUCCCAAAUGGAACUCUAAUACUGCAGUACUAAAUGUGGAAGACUAUAUUUCAGUUGAAUGCAUUGAGUUGUGCAACUGACUAGGUAUGUUCCUUUCCUUUGAACAGGGCCCAUAGGCUUAUGGUCAACAGUAGUGCACUAUAUAGUGAAUUGGGGACCAUUUGGAAUGCACAUAGGGAUUCAUUCUAUUCUUCAACAUUGUUAUGAACUUUUUAACUUUGCAGAUUAGUUCCCCCUCCCCCAAGUGUUAAUACUGUUCAAUAUACCACGUUGCAGAUUAGUUCCUCCCCCAAGUGUUAAUACUGUUCAAUAUACCACGUUGCAGAUUAGUUCCUCCCCCAAGUGUUAAUAUUGUUCAAUAUACCACGUUGCAGAUUAGUUCCCCCUCCCCCAAGUGUUAAUACUGUUCAAUAUACCACGUUGCAGAUUAGUUCCCCCUCCCCCAAGUGUUAAUACUGUUCAAUAUACCACGUUGCAGAUUAGUUCCCCCUCCAAGUGUUAAUACUGUUCAAUAUACCACGUUGCAGAUUAGUUCCCCCUCCCCCAAGUGUUAAUACUGUUCAAUAUACCACGUUGCAGAUUAGUUCCUCCCCCAAGUGUUAAUAUUGUUCAAUAUACCACGUUGCAGAUUAGUUCCCCCUCCAAGUGUUAAUACUGUUCAAUAUACCACGUUGCAGAUUAGUUCCUCCCCCAAGUGUUAAUACUGUUCAAUAUACCACGUUGCAGAUUAGUUCCCCCUCCAAGUGUUAAUAUUGUUCAAUAUACCACGUUGCAGAUUAGUUCCCCCUCCCCCAAGUGUUAAUAUUGUUCAAUAUACCACGUUGCAGAUUAGUUCCCCCUCCAAGUGUUAAUACUGUUCAAUAUACCACGUUGCAGAUUAGUUCCCCCUCCAAGUGUUAAUAUUGUUCAAUAUACCACGUUGCAGAUUAGUUCCCCCUCCCCCAAGUGUUAAUAUUGUUCAAUAUACCACGUUGCAGAUUAGUUCCUCCCCCAAGUGUUAAUACUGUUCAAUAUACCACGUUGCAGAUUAGUUCCUCCCCCAAGUGUUAAUACUGUUCAAUAUACCACGUUGCAGAUUAGUUCCCCCUCCCCCAAGUGUUAAUACUGUUCAAUAUACCACGUUGCAGAUUAGUUCCCCCUCCCCCAAGUGUUAAUAUUGUUCAAUAUACCACGUUGCAGAUUAGUUCCCCCUCCCCCAAGUGUUAAUACUGUUCAAUAUACCACGUUGCAGAUUAGUUCCCCCUCCCCCAAGUGUUAAUAUUGUUCAAUAUACCACGUUGCAGAUUAGUUCCCCCUCCCCCAAGUGUUAAUAUUGUUCAAUAUACCACGUUGCAGAUUAGUUCCCCCCCCAAGUGUUAAUAUUGUUCAAUAUACCACGUUGCAGAUUAGUUCCCCCUCCCCCAAGUGUUAAUAUUGUUCAAUAUACCACGUUGCAGAUUAGUUCCCCCUCCCCCAAGUGUUAAUACUGUUCAAUAUACCACGUUGCAGAUUAGUUCCUCCCCCAAGUGUUAAUACUGUUCAAUAUACCACGUUGCAGAUUAGUUCCCCCUCCCCCAAGUGUUAAUAUUGUUCAAUAUACCACGUUGCAGAUUAGUUCCCCCUCCCCCAAGUGUUAAUACUGUUCAAUAUACCACGUUGCAGAUUAGUUCCUCCCCCAAGUGUUAAUACUGUUCAAUAUACCACGUUGCAGAUUAGUUCCUCCCCCAAGUGUUAAUACUGUUCAAUAUACCACGUUGCAGAUUAGUUCCUCCCCCAAGUGUUAAUACUGUUCAAUAUACCACGUUGCAGAUUAGUUCCUCCUCCCCCAAGUGUUAAUAUUGUUCAAUAUACCACGUUGCAGAUUAGUUCCUCCUCCCCCAAGUGUUAAUAUUGUUCAAUAUACCACGUUGCAGAUUAGUUCCUCCCCCAAGUGUUAAUACUGUUCAAUAUACCACGUUGCAGAUUAGUUCCUCCUCCCCCAAGUGUUAAUAUUGUUCAAUAUACCACGUUGCAGAUUAGUUCCUCCUCCCCCAAGUGUUAAUAUUGUUCAAUAUACCACGUUGCAGAUUAGUUCCUCCCCCAAGUGUUAAUACUGUUCAAUAUACCACGUUGCAGAUUAGUUCCCCCUCCAAGUGUUAAUACUGUUCAAUAUACCACGUUGCAGAUUAGUUCCCCCUCCCCCAAGUGUUAAUACUGUUCAAUAUACCACGUUGCAGAUUAGUUCCUCCCCCAAGUGUUAAUAUUGUUCAAUAUACCACGUUGCAGAUUAGUUCCUCCCCCAAGUGUUAAUACUGUUCAAUAUACCACGUUGCAGAUUAGUUCCCCCUCCCCCAAGUGUUAAUAUUGUUCAAUAUACCACGUUGCAGAUUAGUUCCUCCCCCAAGUGUUAAUACUGUUCAAUAUACCACGUUGCAGAUUAGUUCCCCCUCCCCCAAGUGUUAAUAUUGUUCAAUAUACCACGUUGCAGAUUAGUUCCCCCUCCCCCAAGUGUUAAUACUGUUCAAUAUACCACGUUGCAGAUUAGUUCCUCCCCCAAGUGUUAAUACUGUUCAAUAUACCACGUUGCAGAUUAGUUCCCCCUCCCCCAAGUGUUAAUACUGUUCAAUAUACCACGUUGCAGAUUAGUUCCCCCUCCCCCAAGUGUUAAUACUGUUCAAUAUACCACGUUGCAGAUUAGUUCCCCCUCCCCCAAGUGUUAAUAUUGUUCAAUAUACCACGUUGCAGAUUAGUUCCCCCUCCAAGUGUUAAUACUGUUCAAUAUACCACGUUGCAGAUUAGUUCCCCCUCCCCCAAGUGUUAAUAUUGUUCAAUAUACCACGUUGCAGAUUAGUUCCCCCUCCAAGUGUUAAUACUGUUCAAUAUACCACGUUGCAGAUUAGUUCCUCCCCCAAGUGUUAAUAUUGUUCAAUAUACCACGUUGCAGAUUAGUUCCCCCUCCCCCAAGUGUUAAUAUUGUUCAAUAUACCACGUUGCAGAUUAGUUCCCCGUCCCCCAAGUGUUAAUACUGUUCAAUAUACCACGUUGCAGAUUAGUUCCCCCUCCAAGUGUUAAUAUUGUUCAAUAUACCACGUUGCAGAUUAGUUCCCCCUCCAAGUGUUAAUACUGUUCAAUAUACCACGUUGCAGAUUAGUUCCCCCUCCCCCAAGUGUUAAUAUUGUUCAAUAUACCACGUUGCAGAUUAGUUCCCCCUCCCCCAAGUGUUAAUACUGUUCAAUAUACCACGUUGCAGAUUAGUUCCUCCCCCAAGUGUUAAUACUGUUCAAUAUACCACGUUGCAGAUUAGUUCCCCCUCCAAGUGUUAAUACUGUUCAAUAUACCACGUUGCAGAUUAGUUCCCCCUCCAAGUGUUAAUACUGUUCAAUGCCAGCGCCAGACCAUAGGAUGUUUAAUACCUUUUACAUGUUAGUCAUUUUAACAGACGCUCUUAUCCAGAGCAACCUACAAGAGCAAUUGGUGUUAAGCGCCUUGCUCAAGGGCACAUCGACAGAUUUUUUUAAUUGAAUACCCAAAUGAUGGAAUUCUGGCAGAUUCAGACAAUUUUUGUGGAUUCCUCUUGUCCUCAUCUCCUGAUCUGCACCGAGGUAAAGGAACUGGACAGGAGAAAGCGAAGGCCUGGUAAGGGGUCAACCAUAUUGCUUUCAACUGUUCUAUGUUUUCAGAACACAACUGUGCAGAUGACGGACACAAUGGAAGGAAGCCACUAGAAUAUUGAGAUACAGCCCGAGUCAGAAUAAAUAAUCGUGAUAGCCCCAGGACUCUAGUUGAACCAUGCUGCACUCCAUUGAAUAGCCCCAGGACUCUAGUUGAACCAUGCUGCACUCCAUUGAAUAGCCCCAGGACUCUAGCCUAGUUGAACCAUGCUGCACUCCAUUGAAUAGCCCCAGGACUCUAGUUGAACCAUGCUGCACUCCAUUGAAUAGCCCCAGGACUCUAGCCUAGUUGAACCAUGCUGCACUCCAUUGAAUAGCCCCAGGACUCUAGCCUAGUUGAACCAUGCUGCACUCCAUUGAAUAGCCCCAGGACUCUAGCCUAGUUGAACCAUGCUGCACUCCAUUGAAUAGCCCCAGGACUCUAGCCUAGUUGAACCAUGCUGCACUCCAUUGAAUAGCCCCAGGACUCUAGCCUAGUUGAACCAUGCUGCACUCCAUUGAAUAGAGAAUUCAUUCUGGUUUCACCACUUUCCAUAUUGACACUUUAAAACCAGAUGGAGUUGAUAUGAGCCACUGUGGGUUGUCAAUGAAUGUGCCAAUCAACGUGGCAUUAAGUAAACUAGGAAAAAUAUGUAUUUUUGGGUACAAAAUCAACUCAAAUGUAUGUAAAUAUCUGUUCUAUAUUUUAUUUUUUAAUCUUCAUGACUUCUUUUUUGGUUUGUUGAAUUUAAACAAUCUUCAUUAUCAGCAUGUUCAUCAUUUGUGCGUGUGUGUUUUGAAUAUGUGUUAACAGGAGCUUGACGUGUCAUGCUUAAAGCCGCAAAAUAGAAAAAUGUAAGUCGAUGUCAAAAAGAAAUGAGGGAAUUGCUUAGUUAUAUUUAUACUUUGUUGAGGUGGUAUUUCAACUGGAGAGAGAUACUGUUGUUUAUUUCAGCCAAUCCCCAUAGAAGACUGACAUCUAACAGUCUUUACAGCAGAGUAACUAUUACUAUAAUUAAUGCCUUUGUUUCUAAAGAAAUAAAGACAGUUAUUUUUAAGU